AUGAAGGUUAUCAGAACAUUUAUUAAUCUCAUCCUUUUGUUAGGUGUUGUCCUUCUUCUUGUAUUCACCGUUCUUUCCGGUGUCUCCAAUACAUUCCCCUUUAAGAACUUUUACUGGAUUGAAGCUGACACUUCAGGUAUUCCAGGUGCCUGGGAUACUACAAGAUGGACAUUCUGGGGUAUUCAAAAUGCCAAUAACUUUACUCAACAUCUUAAUUCCCCUGCUACUCCCAUCUCUCCUGUUAACAACUGGUCAACAAGACGUAACGUUCCUCAAAAAUUCAUUUCCAGUCAAGACACUUUUUACUACUUGUCAAGAUUUAGUUUUGUUUUCUUCCUUAUUGCUCUUGCCUUCACUGGAUUCGCUUUAAUUGUUGAUCUUUUGGGUUUGUGCUGGGAAGUCAUUGACAAGAUUGUUGUUCUUUUGGUUUUGAUUGCUCUUUUCUUCCAAGCAGGUGGUGUUGCAUUCCAAACUGCUGUUGUUGUAAUGGCCAAGGAUGCUUUCAACAAUGAUAAUAGAUAUGCUCAUGUUCCUGUUGCUCUUAUGGCCAUUGUUUGGACUGCUUUUGUUUGUUUAGGUUUGGUAUGGUUAAACACAACUUUUGCUACCAUCUCUCAAUCUUGGUCCAACCAUCUUGCUCGUGUUAGGGCUAACAAGGAAGCACAAGCAGGAUACCCACAACAAGGUGCACCAGAAGGUGGAAUUGUUGCUCCAGGUAUGAAUGAUCAAUCCAGUUUCACCAGAAGUGCUCCUGCUGAAGUUGAAAAGGAACAUAGUAAUGGUGGAAUUCGUUUCUUUAGAGUUAAGAAGAGUCACAAAACUUCAGACGAAGAAUCGGUUUAA